AUGGCGACGCAAACACUGCAAUUACCUUGUGGCGACAAGGUCCCCAUGUUAGCCUAUGGCACCGGGACUGUUUGGAUGAAGAGCGCAGAAGACGAUGUGGAUAGGGCGACGGUGGACGCAAUAAAGGAGGCAAUUGAUCUGGGUUAUCGCCACCUUGAUGGCGCGCAAUGUAUUUCGCCGGUCUCUCCGUCUUCCCUUUGCCGCAAGCCAACUAACGCAGUGGAACAAGAUUACGAAACUGAACCGGAGCUUGGGCUUGCCAUUGAGGAGUCCAAGGUCCCACGAGCGGAAUUUUUUGUCACCAUGAAGGCUGUCUCGCCGAUCGAUGUUGAAGGGGCACUAGUAACGAGCCUCAAAAAACUGAGAAUGGAAUAUGUCGACUUGUACCUGAUUCACGAACCAUUUUCUUCGGGCGGCAGCGAAGAGGUCCUCCAGGAGGCGUGGAGGGGCAUGGAAAGGUGCCGUGAGAAAGGGCUGGCUCGCUCCAUCGGUGUUUCGAACUUCUUGAUACCUCAUCUGGAAAGUAUCCUUAAGGUUGCCACUGUGAAGCCAGCUGUCAAUCAGAUCGAAUGCCACCCAUACCUCCAGCGCUCCGAGCUUCGUGAAUUUAUGAAGAGGCAGGGUAUCAUUGCUGAAGCCUUUGCUCCCUUGACUCCCAUCACCAAGGCCAGUCCUGGUCCUAUCGAUGCGGUAUGUGGCGACCUAGCUAGAAAAUACUCGGUCUCAAACUCUACCAUUCUUCUAAGAUGGGUCAUUGACCAAGGAAUCGUCGUGAUAACGACGAGCGGCCAACGGAAGAGAUUACUGGAAUAUCUUGAACAAUUAUCUAGAUUUAAACUCUCAAAUGAGGAAAUACUUCGGAUUAGCCAACUAGGUAGAGCAAAACACUACCGAGCAUUUUUUGUAGAUGGGUUUGGGAAAGACUGUUUUCUCUGA